CCAAAUCCCAUCCCACGGAGGAAGGUCACAAGGCCAACUCAAAACGGUGGUUGGAGACGCGCUAGUGAUCGAUCGGAGCCGAUCGGCGAAAAUGGCGACGGCGGCGGCGGUGUCGGCGUCGGCGGCGGCGGCGAUCGGCGGCGACCACCACCGCCGCCACCCUCUCCCAUGGCUUAACCAGAUGGUGACGGAGCCCUUCUACCUCCUCCACCUCCUCGCCUUCUUCUCCUACUUCGCCGCGCGGAGCUCCGUCCCCUCCGAUCUCUCCCAUCGCCUCCUUCGUCGGGAAAUCCAAGCGGUGCUUACUUUCUUCGUGCUCAUAUCGGUUAAGAUGGUCAAAGAGGAAACUUGGGAAGCCUUCAUCGCUGACGCAUUGUUUUAUGGAAAGGGCUUGCUGUUGGCAGUUACCCUGUCGAUCGACUAUCACUUGUCUCUCUAUUACUUUGUGGCUUUUCUUGUUAUAUGGGUUGUGUCUCAGCAACCACCUUAUGAAGGUUUAGGUUAUGUGAGUCAUUUAACCCCGUUGCAACUAGAGAGUUUACUAAUUGAAGGCACUUCUACAAGGUUUUGGCUGGUUGAAUUCCGAGCUUCGUGCUCAUCAGCAUGUGUACGAACAAGCCGAAUCUUUCCAGAUCUCUCCACUAUAUACUCCAACAAAAAGAUAUCCUUUGGGAUAAUUGAUCUUGGGCACUUCCCAAAUGUCGCAGAAAAGUUUGGAAUAUCUUUAUGUGGUCAACUUCCGACUUACAUUUUAUUUGAUAAGGCAACGGAAGUUGCUCGGUUCCCGAAAAUCACUAGCGAAGCCAGAGUAUUUGCGCCAACUAUUACCAAGAAACUCCUCUGCCAGCAUUUUGAGCUCGAUAGGCGGCUAAUUGAAUACAUUUCCAGUUAGCACUUCUAGUUUUACACCAAAAUCUAUAUACAUUCUUUAUUUUGAUAUUAUUUUUCUUUCUUCUUUUUUUUGGUGAAAUGUUUUUAUCUGCUCUUUUAUCUGAGAAAUGUAAAGUGUUAUAAACACUACGAUGUAUGUAUUUUCUGAAUCUCAUGCAGGAACGGUUUGUACUAUAUUGGUGUCAUUUUUAUUCUCAAA